AAUAAGAGAGACAAAGGCGCAGGAUAGGAGGUAACAACCUGUUACUUCGCUACAGUGUGGUGUGUAUCGCGACAAUAUAUCUCAUUUGUUUAAUCGAAGUUUAGCAGUGGAACUGGAAUAUCAAAUACCCGUUUUCCUUCUUCGUCUCUCUCUCUCUCUUCUGCCUACAUUUCAGUCACUUUUUUCAGUAAGUAUAGUUGUCACUGUUGUAGUCUUCUUCGUCUUCGUCUAAUUGCUCGAACAGCGUUUCAGUCGAGAUUUCUCCUAUCUUUAUAGGAAAGAAACACUAUUUUCGUUUUCUACCAUUGUCACUGUUAUUGUUGCUGUUUGAUUUUGAGACGAGGAGGAAGUAAGUGGCAGAGCUGUAAAAAUGGAGAGGAAGCAGGGGUUUUUUACAGCUCUAAAAGAAGAAAUGGUGAGGGGAUUGUCGCCGAGUAGGUCGAGGGCGAAGAGUCCGGCAAGGAGUGCUUCCCCAAUAUCGGGUUUGCUCAGACGGAGGAAGAACCACCACGUGGCUCCACCGGACCAGUUGAUCUCGAGAUCCGGGAGCUUUAGGCCCGCCGAAGCCUUGUCGCCGCUCAAGGAAGGUCCUGAUGGAACGGAUAGUGAGGAUUCGAGGAUGGAAGGGAGGUGGGGUAACUGGAUGAAGGGUCAACUCUGUAGGGCACCGUCGGUCUCGUGCUCCACCUAUAAGAGGUCCGAUCUGAGGUUGCUCCUUGGGGUCUUGGGUGCGCCACUGGCCCCGGUGCACGUUAGCACCACCGAACCUUUGCCUCACCUUAGCAUCAAAGAUACCCCCAUUGAGACAUCCUCUGCUCAAUACAUAUUGCAGCAGUACACAGCAGCAUCAGGCGGGCAAAAACUUCAGAAUUCUAUCCACAACGCGUAUGCAACGGGGAAGGUGAGGAUGAUAGCUUCUGAGUUUGAAACUGCGAACAAGGUUGUAAAGAGCAAGAAUUCGUCCAAAGCAACAGAGUCUGGUGGCUUUGUUCUAUGGCAGAUGAAUCCAGAUAUGUGGUAUGUUGAGCUUGCUCUAGGUGGCAGCAAGGUUCACGCUGGCUGCAAUGGCAAGCUUGUGUGGAGGCACACCCCGUGGCUUGGUCCACAUGCUGCAAAAGGACCUGUUAGACCCUUGCGUCGUGCUCUUCAGGGACUAGACCCAAGAACAACUGCUAGCAUGUUUACCAACGCAAGAUGCAUUGGUGAGAAAAAAAUCAACGGAGAAGAUUGUUUCAUCCUCAAGCUUUGUGCUGAUCCUCUAACAUUGAAGGCCCGGAGUGAAGGACCUGCUGAAAUCAUAAGGCACGUUUUGUUUGGCUACUUCAGCCAAAAAACAGGGUUGCUUAUACACUUGGAAGACUCCCAUCUGACCCGAAUCCAAAACAAUGGGGGUGAUGCUGCGUACUGGGAGACCACAAUUAAUUCAUUCCUUGAGGAUUACAGACCAGUGGAGGGCAUUAUGAUUGCUCACUCAGGACGCUCAGUUGUAACCCUUUUCAGAUUUGGUGAAACUGCAAUGAGCCACACAAAGACCAGAAUGGAAGAGGCUUGGACAAUUGAGGAAGUGGCUUUCAACGUCCCUGGCCUUUCAAUGGAUUGUUUCAUUCCUCCAGCUGAACUAAGAUUUGCUUCCAUGAGUGAAGCCUGUGAACUGCCUCAGGGUCCAACUGUAAAGACCACCGUUGCAGCAACUGCAUACCGACCGAAAGUCACUGCGCUUGAGAAAUCACGAGAUCACAAUGCUAACAAUUUCGUGUGGAAGAUGGAUGUCUAGAGAAGGAACCUCAUUUUGCGUUGGAUCAUUGCUUAGCAGGCGUAAAUGCUAGUUCUAAGGAUUGACGAAGUCUAAAGUAGAUUGGCAAAGUAGGACUUUGAAAAUUCUAUUUCUAUUACCCUUUUUCUUUUUCCGGCAGAAAUAAUUCUGCACGUGGCAAAUGUGUUUACAAGUUUGUAUAUAGUACACAAUCGUUCAUAGA